GGGCUCGGCCCUAUAAAAACGCACCAGAGGGUCUCUCCCGCGACAUUGAUUAUACUGGAUCUGUCCCACCUCAGUACUGUCUAUAAAAGCAGCAGCCAUGAACACUCAGCAGAUGGAGCAGAUGGGCCAGUUCAGGAUCACGGUCUGGGAGGAGGAGAACUUCCAGGGAAAGCGCUGUGAGUUCAUGCUGGAGUGCCAGAACAUCAUGGAGAGGGGAUUCCACAAGAUUCGCUCCAUCAAGGUCGAGAAUGGACCUUGGGUGGGUUAUGAGUACCCAGAGUUCCAGGGACAGCAGUUUAUCCUGGAGAAGGGAGACUAUCCUCGCUACGAGGCCUGGAGCGGAAACAGCAGCUACAGAACCGAGCACCUGCUUUCCUUCAGACCCAUCAAGUGUGCUAACCACAGUGACAGCAAGGUGACCCUGUACGAGUGUGAGGACUUCCAGGGACGCAAGUUUGAAAUGUGCGACGACUACCCCUCCCUACAGGCCAUGGGUUGGUGCAGCAAGGAGGUGCCCUCUAUCAAAAUCAACUCAGGAGCCUGGGUGGCCUACCAGUUCCCUGGUUACCGUGGCUACCAGUACAUCAUGGAGAGAGACAGACACCAAGGCGAGUACAGAAACUACAACGAGUACAGCACCCAGGCUCACACCAACCAGGUGCAGUCCAUUCGUAGGAUCCAGCAAUAAGCCUCCACCCUGCCUCCUCCUGCCUGAUCUGACCUAAAGAGAAAAAAAAAAACAACACAUACUCAUCCUGAAGCAUUUUCUCCACUGGAGCCUUGGACAGACUGCUGUCACAGAACAGUAUGGAUGGACAAACUCUUUCUAUCGCUAUGUGGCUCUGCGUGUAUGGAUAUUUAAGCACCUACUUCUACUGGCAUGCCAAAGCAUGUGUUUGAAAUAGGAAAUAAAGGCUUUUCUUCAAAACUA